GUCGUCGUUGUCGUCGUCGCCGUCGCCGUCGCCGUCGCCGUCGUUGUCGCCGUCGUCGUCGUCGUCGUCGUCGUCGUCGUCGUCGUCGUCGUCGUCGUCGUCGUCGUCGACGUCAUCGUCGUCCUCCUCGCUGUGCGGCGCGCCGAAUGGGCAACCUCGUCAGCCUCGGCGAGGAAGAGGAACAUCAAGGGAGGUGGCCGGGGAGCCGCCAGCGGCGGGGCCGCCGCAUUCCUGGGCGAGCGGGGGGCCUGGCUGGUACGCGGGCCAGCCGGCCGCCCUGCGCCGCGGCUUCGAGCGCGAGUGGCGCGCGGCCCGCGCAUGCGGCGGGGCGGAGGGCUGCCAGCACGGCCGCGGCGCGCCUGUGCACGGCGGCGCCCGGGAGCCGGAGGAGCCGCUGGCGCCCGCGUCGGCCGCGGAGUACCUUCGGGAGAUACUCACGAGCGAGGACCGAGUCCCUCCUGGCCGCCUUCCAGCCCGUGCUCCGCGCGGCGAGGUGCGCGUGCCCCGACGGGGCCCGCGUGGUGGACCGGGGCGCCUUUGCCCAGGCGGUGGUGCGCAUCUCCGCGCACUUCCUCCCCUCGGAACCCAUCAUCGGGGGGAUGGCCUGCGCGGGGCCCCCGCUCUCGGCCGACGAGGCGCUGGGGCACUUCAGGAUUCAAGAUGGCGCUCUGCCUCCUCGCGGACCGCCUCGGGGAGGUCCACCGAGGCCCCACCCUGCCCACCGGCAUGCUCCGCACGAGGCGGGCGCCGCUGCUCCGACUCCCCGGGGGGGGGCGGUCGCGGCCGAGGCGGGCGCUGCCUCCCCACGCUCGGCCGCGCUGCGGGGCGCCGGGCCCGCGGGGGCCGCGCUGGCAGCGGGCGCCUCCGUGCCGCCGGCGUCCUCGGCGAGCUCUCCGGGGCCGUCCCCCCGGGCUUUGUCCUCGCCGGAGCAGCAGGAUCGGAGGCGCGACGAGGUGGCCAGGGCCCUGGAGGCGAGCUGGGCGCGUGUCCACGAUCUGGAGCAGAUGCUGGACCGCGCGGGGGCGCUGCUGGUCCACCAGGGGGAGGAGGUCCACCGCCUGGAGAUCCUGGCGGCUGGAGCGGGACCUCGAGGGCCAGAGGGACCGGAGGCGGCGGGCGCGGCGCAGCACGCCGCCGCCGCGGCGCCGGUGCGCGGCGGCGGGCCGCCGGGGGCCGAGGUCGCAGCCAGGCUGUGCGCGGGUGGACCUCGGCAGCCUGAAGCAGCACGUCACGGCGGCUCAGAUGCUGCGCGCUCGCAUGGAGGCCCUAGAGGCCCAGAAGGCGGACCUGGACGACCCCGAUGACGUGGUGGCCGAGCUCGCCGACGAGCCGUAGUGCACGGCGGCGGUGGCGGCGCGCGCGAGCGCCGCGGUCGCGCGCGCCUCUUGCGGGAGGCACGGCGGAUGCCGCCGGCCGCCCGGCUGGCGCGCCGCGGGCGCAGGCAAGGCGCCCCUGCCUCGGCGAGCGCCGGGCGCCUCGCCGUGGGUCGCGCGGCAGGCGCCGGGGAGGUCCUGCAGAGUGCGGAGGCCCCGUGCCGCGCAGCAUUAAGUCGGGCCUGUCCCUCUACAGGAUCGGAGGUGGACAGACCUCCUGCCCUGACACGUCGAUUAAAGGAAUUGGCCGUUUUCACUACGGGGAGGUUUACUAAAGGGGAGGUCCUGCAGAGUGCGGAGGCCCUGUGCCGCGUAGCCGCUCCGCGCGGAGCGCCAGAAGUGUUCUGCGCGUGCCGAGCCUCAGCGCUUUUUCUGGGCCCAGGUUCGCCCCCCGUGGACACGCUGGACCCUCGCGUCGAUUCAAGGGGCGUGUUGCGGCCAUGGCGUAGUCAUGGGCCCACGUGCCCCCGUCCAGCCGGGUCGGCGCGUGACGUGCACGGCGCACGGCGGAGGGACGUCUUUGACCAGCUAGGUGCUAACGCCAGUGACAGCGCGGCGGACUGACCGUCCACGUAGUGCCGCGCGGGAGGAUCGACGGGCAAACCGAUUGAGCGCCCCGUCCGUCAGCGC